UAAAACACUCAGCGGGUAGGCUCAGAACCAGGACGAUAUAGAAGUCUCUGGAAAGAUCAAGCUCCAGCCAGUGUUCGAUUAGGGUUUUCCACAAUUUUGGUGAGGAUUCCACCUUUUUAGCUUCGAUUUUGGAGUUCUUGAGCUGGUUUCGUUGGGAUGAGGUCGUGCUGAGUCUGGAGAAGAUCAAAGGCCAUUUCUUGCUCGUGAAUAUGAGAUCAGAUCCAAGGGAAUUGUACAGUUUUCGCCCAGGAUAUUAGAUCGGUGAAGAGGAUGUCGGACUGGAGCUCUCGCAAGCUUGUAGAUAAUUUGUGGGAUGAAUUUGCUCAGAGUGAUGUUUUCAUCAUGCCGCAUCGAGAUGGUGAAAAGGUGAAUGAAUCAGUGGCUGUCGGUAAUGCUUACAGGCAUUUAGGAAAUAAUGUUGGAGAGAGCACAGAUAGCACUGGAGUGGCUAAAACUGUACUCUGGGGGAAAGAAAAACCAUAUUUGGUUCCUCCAAUGAAUCAUGGAAGCUGUGAUCCUGAGUACAUCCACAAUGCCAUUACACUGCUGUCCCAGGAUGCUGAAGUCUCUGAUAGCUGCAUAAAGGGCUGCAAUGUGAAUACAGAUAGCAGUAUAUUUUGCACAGGAAAUUCUAUCCUUGGGACUAGGGGUUCAGCAGAUGGAAGCAAUGAUUGCCAUUUCCCACUUGAUAAUGUUUCUCCAGCUGUUAAAAAUACCUGCCUUUUGGAAAAUGGACACAAAGACAGGGAAAAUGAUCUUGCCUAUUAUGACUGGCCUGAUAUUGGCAAUUUUGAGGACGUUGACAAAAUGUUCAGAAACUGUGAUUUCACAUUUGGGCAAGGGUGUACGGACGAUGCAAACGAGCUGUCAUGGUUUCCCUCUUCGUCACAUUCCAUUUAUGGUUCAGAAAUUACUUUUGAUUCAGGCCUACAAUCCUCAUGUUCAGAUUUGAAUGUGCUGAAUAAUUCAUUGGAACAUCAGUCUGCAAACACCAACUUUUUGCCUAAAACUGAUUCGCCAUCUGCUGUUAUUAAUAAGUCAUCUACUGUUGCCUAUCAAUUCGAUGGUGAUUGCUUGGAUGCUAGUGCUGAAAAUGAAGAUGAAUUUGCAUCUAAAGAAUUGUAUGAUAAGAGGGCUGAGAUGAAGUCAUCAGCUCUCAACCAGACUUGCAGUGGAUCUGAGGACCUUGAUAUGAUAACUGAUAUCGGAAGCCAGUACUUGUCUGAAGAAAAAAUAAUACAGCAAUUUGCAGAUCGGAAGCUUCCCUCUUCUGCUAUUUCAGCCGCUGAAGCAUGCCCAUCGGAACAUAUGUUGGAGCCAAAGCAUAUCUUGGGAUCUGCUUCAUCAAGUUACAUGGACACUUCUAAUCCUCAUUCAAAUUUGGAAUACAAUUUUUCUACACAUCAAGUUCCAUCCACAUUGAGGACAUUGAGUAAUGCAUUUGAAAAUGAUAUUGAUCUUUCCUCUUCUAAUAGAGUCUUAGAUCACGUCACAACUGAUUCCUACCAGUACAUGAAGAGGUUACCAAAGGAAUCAUCUUUGCCUCCAACAAUGAAAUCUGAGGAAAAAAUGGAGAAACAUAAGCAGCAGUUACAUGAUUCAGUGACUGUUGACCACAGGCAUUGGCAAACAUCAUGCACAAGCAAAACUAUGGCUAUGAAAAAUCAUCACAAAUCUCAACAUAAGACAGGAUGCAGCAGUGAACAAGAAGAGCGAAACAUAGGACUUUCAGCCAUCGACAAGGAUUCUUCUAUAAUGCAGGAUAACUCUUUCAUGACAACUGUUUCUUCUGAUGACGUCUCACUAGAGGCAACCAGUUUUCAACAGCUUCAGGAUGUUAUAGAUCAGUUGGAUGUUAGAACAAAGCUGUGCAUUAGAGAUAGUUUAUACCGUCUGGCAAGGAGUGCUGGACAAAGGCAUAUUUUCUCUAAUACAAGCAAUUGCAGCAGAGAGAAUAUAGAUUCAAGAGGAACUCAAAGUACAGAAACAUCAAAAAGAAGGUGUGCGAAGCUUGCAAAUGCCGAGACUGAAACAAAUCCUAUAGAUCGGUCUAUGGCUCAUCUACUUUUCCACAAGCCUUCAGACCCUCCUACAGGACCUGCUGAUGAUGCCUUAUCAUUUGAGUCUCAUAUCAUUAACGAACAGAGUCGUGUUCCUGUCGGCAACCAGCCUGUGCUGCCUGAUUUAUUUGUUUCUCAAAAGCGAGUUGGGUAAUUGCAGAGGUUUGAACUUGCCGAACGGUGAUCAACGUUGAGAAAUUUGGCACUCUAGCAUCAUUUUUCUCCGCUAGAACUAUCAUUUGUUUGUAGACUGCCCAAAACCAUCUAUAGUAAUAUUUUAGUGGUAAGUUAAGAGUCAUAAAAUACUGUAUAUAUAUUUGUAUGUCCCAAAGAUAAUUAGGGUGCACUAACAUGUAGUUAGCUGAUGGUUGUGCUAAUCUAGUAUGUGCUGGUUUUGUUUCUUGUGCCACUUGUGCAAACCAAGUGGAGAAUUGAGCCAUGUAAUAAACUAAUCAAAUCGUGUCAGUCAAACGAGGUGCUUUGAGGAACUCAUUAAGAACCAAAGGGAUAUACAAUUGUCAUGGUUGUAAUGAAAUCGUAGACUGUUGUCGCUGACUCCU